GUCUCAAGCACCCGAAUUCCAAGGCGAAAUGUCCGAGCCGAUCAUUUUCUACGACCUUCCCAGCAUAGAGAAUAUAGGAACGUGGUCGCCCUUCACCUUGAGGACGAGGUAUUCGUUGAACAUCAAAGGCAUUCCCUACAAGACAGUCUGGGUCGAGUACCCAGACAUCGCUCCUCUUUCAAAGCAGAUCGGCGCCGCCCCCACCGGCACAGGCGCCGACGGUGCUCCUCUGUAUACGCUUCCGAUGAUCUACGACCCCAAUACGAAGACAGCCGUCUCCGACUCCGGGAAGAUCGCACGUUACCUGGACAAGACGUACCCAGACACCCACAAGCUCAUUCCUGCGGAGUUGGACGUCUUCACUGCUGCUUUUGAAGACGCGUUCUGGGGAGCUUUUCACCGCCCCGACCUCGUCCCAGUCAUGAACCUCGCCGUGUUCGACAUUCUUCCGCCUCGCAGCCAGUCUUACUUCCGCCGGGCGCGCGAGGCGACAUUUGGUACCACAAUGGAGGAUCUUGCCCCUCUGGGAUCAGAGAAACGCGCAAAUCACUGGGCCAAAGUGCGAAACGAUGCGAGCAAAGUCGCCGCAUGGUACGAGGCCGAUGGGAACAAGGACAAGACCUUCGUCUUGGGGGAUAAUGCCGGCGUAACGUAUGCCGACGUUAUCGUGACCGCCUUCUUUGGCUGCUUCAGGAAGGGCCUUGGGGAGGACAGCCAAGAGUGGAAAGAUAUAGCUGCAUGGGAUGGCGGUCGCUGGAAGAGGCUCUUGGCUGCAUUCGAGAAGUACGGAGCAGUCGACGCUGGCGAGGAACUCAAGCUGCAGCUAUGAGUGUCCGGUCAAUGGCUGCCCCAACUGGACACGUCUACUCAGCCUGCCAAGCAGCGCUGGAUCCGUCAGGUCGGCGGCGAGGUACUGCGACUUACGCUUCUACCUUACUUCUGUAGACAUUAUGUUGUGAUGUACAAAUGAUAUAUUAGAGAUCGCG